AUGUAUUCUCGUUUCGUAUUUCGAUCAAUUCAAGGUUCAACACCAUCGUUGAUUUUCAAUCGUUUUCUUUCAUUAACUCAAGUACAAUUAUCAGCAGCAACAAAAUUAAAAGAAAUACCAUCAGCUGCAACAAAAUCUGAAAAGUCUACUGCUAACACGGAAAAACCUGCUGAUAACAAGGAAAAACCUGCUGCUAAUAUGGAAAAACUAUCGACUCCACCACCAAUGAAAACAAGUAAUGUAUCAUCAGAAGAUAAAAAACCAAUUCCACCACCAACAUCAAGUAUAAAUGAUCCCAAUAAAACUUAUUCGGAAAAAAUUCAUCGACUUGUUGAUGAAAUAAGUAAAUUAUCAUUAGUUGAUGUUAUGGAUUUAAAUGAAUUAUUAAAAAAAACACUUAAGAUUCAAGAUGUACCAAUCAUGGCAUCCGGCGGAGUUAGUAGUGCACCACCACCAACUGCAGCCAAAAAAGAAGAAGACGAAGAAGAAGCUGCUCGACCAACAGCACAAUCGGUAUUUAAAAUACGUUUAAUUAAAUUCGAUGAAACGAAGAAAGUCCCGGUUAUUAAACAAGUCAAAGAUGUUGUUGAGAAUAUUAAUCUUGUUCAAGCUAAAAAAUUAGUUGAAUCAAUUCCUCAAGUUCUUCGAGAUAAUUUAAGCAAAGCUGAUGCUGAAACAAUGAAAGCUAAAAUUGAAGCUGCUGGUGGUGUGUGUGUUGUUGAAUGA